AUGGAGACUUUUAAGAAAUUGGAGAUCACCAUACCUUUCUCUGAAGCAUUGCAACAAAUUCCUUCGUAUACAAAGUUUUUAGAGGAGCUCCUCACAAAGAAGAAAUAUCUAGAUGAGGAAACAAUUGAAGUGCAGGGUAAUUACAGUGCCAUAUUGCAAAAGACACUACCUCCCAAAUUCAAAGAUCCAAGGAGUUUCACCAUCCCUUGCACCAUUGGGAAUCAUGAUAUAGGGAAGGUUCUAGUUGACUUAGGAGCUAGUAUCAAUCUAAUGCCCUUAUUUAUGCUUAAGAAGAUUUGUGGUCUGGAGGUCAAACCAACAAAAGCAAUUUUGCAAAUGGCAAAUGGGUCCAUUAAGCAUCCUUAUGGUGUGGUAGAAGACGUGUUGGUAAAAAUUGAUAAGCUCUAA